UGUGCCUUUGUGCGAUCAGUUCAGGCAGAAAGAUCUAUUACCGCAAGUCAUUUGGAAAGGCUAUAACGUAUCUGUCCUAAAAUGGAUUUUUCAAGAUCUAUUAUAGAUCCACAUUCUUUUGCGGAACCAGAAUUGGCACGUGUAAAAAAUACCAAUUUAGAAUUGAUUGUGGAUUUUGAUAACAAAGUUCUCAAAGGAAAAGCGAUUUUAACGAUAAAAAGGAAACCUUUGGCUAGUGAAAUAAUUUUAGAUAACCUCAAACUUGUUAUAUCAAGUGUCACAAACGUGCUCGAUGGAAAGCCUUUACGUCAUCGCAUUGUAAAAUGUUCUGCCCUUGGAAGUUUAUUUUGCGUAGAGUUACCACCAGCUGUUGAUAUUUACACUUUUAACCCUGAAUGUAAAAUUCAGAUUGAAUACAAAACAACUGAAAACUCUCCUGCAUUACAUUGGCUAAUACCUGCACAAACUGCCGAUGGUAAACAUCACUUUCUACUGUCUCACAACAAGCUAAUAUAUGCUAGAGCAUGGUUUCCCUGCCAGGAUACACCGUCUGUCAAAUCUACGUACACCGCUAAUAUUUCGGUACCAAAAAAUUAUAGAGUUGUAAUGUCCGCAAUUUUGAAUAAUGAAUACGAGAGUGGGGAACUAAACGUAUAUGAAUUCCAUCAAAUGAAUCCGGUACCAUCACAUGCGGUGAUUAUUGCUGUGGGCUUAUUAGAGAAAACAAAACUUAAUGCAAAAUCAAAUAUAUUCGCCGAGAGCAAAUUUAUUCGCGAAAGUAUCGAUACGUUUGAGACAAAUUUUAGUAAGAUUGAAAGAAUGUUGGAGAUUGCCGAAAGUAUGUGUGGAUCUUAUUUUUGGGAAAGAUACGAUAUAUGUGUGCUUCCACGAAGUAUCGCCCAUUUCGAAAUAGAAUGUCCAUGCGUGAUAUUUAUUCCACCGACUCUACUUUAUGGAGAUUUUACUUGUGUCGGUUUAUUUGCUCGCAACAUCUCACAGAGCUGGACAGGAAAUUUAGUUACGUGUUGCAAUUAUGAGAAUUUGUGGUUAAAUAAGAGUUUCAACAUUUUUAUAAGUAGAAAAAUUGAAAGCGAACUAUUAACAGAAAUAUUAUUUUCUGAGCGUCACAAGGCACAUAUAUUACCAGAGAUUAAACAUGACAUUAAGAAUUUUCUUCAGUGCGAGGGACUAGAAGAUCUGCGAAAAAUGGAAUUUGACUUGCUAAAGUGCUUAAAACCCAAUUUGACGAAUUUGUUGCCCUAUGAAGCUACUAAAUACGUGCCUUAUGAGUGGGGAUGCGUGCUCUUAACUCAUCUAGAGUACAUGUUAGAAAUAAAAAAGUCUUCGGUAUUUGAACCAUUUCUUAAAUCUUAUUUUCUCAAAUUUGCCUUUAAAAGUAUAAACACUCAAGAUUGGAUAAAGUACUUGUAUCUAUAUUUUUCUGACAAGAAAGAAAAGAAGAUAUUAUAUGAUCUUACAUUGGGCAAGUGGCUCUACGAUAUUGUUUCUCCACUUAUGGUCCCAUUGUUCCCAUCCGCAUCGGGAAUGACUAAAUGGGAAACAAAAUGUUCCGACUUAGCGGAUAGAUGGGUUAAAUGGAAUUGUAAAACCGAUAGAAUACCUCCUAUGUUAAUAGAUGAAAGGCACCCUUGUGACGCUGAGAAAAUAAUAUUUUUAAGCAGCCUACAUACUUCUUAUGAAAGUUUGACCAUACACAAACUGAGAUUAAUUUCAUGUCGUUACGCUUUUGAUUGCCAAAAUGCUAAAAUACGAUGUCUUUGGCUGCUAUUGUGCAUUAAAGUUCGAUGGGUUGGAAAAGUGGAAUCAGCUUUGUACUUUGCCAGUCAAAAUUGUUCGCCAGAUUAUGCAUGUGAUAUAUUUCAAUAUUUGUACGAGUGGACGGAAAUGCGUCCAAUAGCGAUCAAAACAUAUAUUUACAAUAAAGGCAAGAUGUUAUAUGAAACCAAGGAGAAAUUGGCCACUAUUUUACAUCUAAAUUGAUAAUUAUCUGGUUAAUAAUUAACUUAAUUUUCUUUUUUACAAGCAGUUGCAGAGCCAAUGAUUGGAGGUAGUUUGGUUCGCUGUGAAGCACGAUGAUAAUUCCCGUUAAAUCAUCAAAAAUCGUAUAAAUUUGUAAAAAUGAAAAAAAUUUUUUGUAUACAGAAUAUCA